CCAAUUGAAUUGAAUUGAAUUGAAUUUUUAAUUUAGCAGUACCACUAGUAGUAGAAUGAGCCCGAGGCAAGCCGCCGAUCGGUACCAGCCCUUUCUUCCGACACAACCAUCSAACACAAAAAGCCACAAUACAGCAUAGAACUACACAACCGUGCAACAAACACCUAACCAGCACGCAGGAGCUCGUCUAGGAUCGGACCGAAUUCGCUGUGGACGAGGCCGUGGCCGGCACCCUCCACGCGCCUCCCGCGUAUGCCGAGCUGCCCGCAGAUCCACUCCCCGUGCGGCGCCGUGUCGUCGGCGUCUCCCCACCAGACCUCCACCGGGGGUUUCCUUCCCCCGGCCAGGUCAAGGUAGCCAAAGCCCCAGGGGAGGCGGUUCAGGUGGAACAUGUCCUGGAGCAUCGCGUCCGCCCCGUUGGGAGCCCGGACGGCGUCCCCGAAAUCGGCCGCGUAGGUUUCCCCGAAAAAGCCGGGGUGCUCCCUCAUAAAGGAAGCGUCCUUUUCGGCGACGAUCCGCGCCAUGGUGUCCUUGACGUAGGCAUCCGGGUCGGCCUGCCACUUGCGAAACUGCGACGAGAAAAAAAACGACGGCUUGUGAGUCGCCAGGAAUGCACGAACGGUCGAUCCGUGUGCACCGAGCUUUGGGCUUGCGGACGCAACCACGGAACGACCGAGAAAAAGCAGACCGGUAGGCAGGCAACUCCGGCAAGCAGUGCACGAACAAACCAUCGAACCAUCGAAAAACACACAAACGCAAGACAAGACAAGACACGACAAGACAAGACAAGACAAGACAAGACAAGACAAUGCAAUGCAAGACAAGGCAACCUACCACCGAACCAAAGAGGCCGUCGAGGAUUCCCCCGCAGUAGAGCAAACAGAACCGGCCGCAGCCCCGAAGAAUCCCCUCGGCCGGCCGGUCGACCGGCGGGCUCCCGGUGAUCGGGGCUACCGGGCACACAAAGGAGGCCGCCACCACCCUUUCGGGGGAGGCCUUGCACACCGCGGCCAGGUGCGGGGUCCCCGCCGAGUGGGCCACAAAGCGGGCCUUCUCGAGGCCCAGGUGGUCCAGGAGGGCCCCAACGUCGGCGACCCAGUCUUCGUAGGUCCGACCGGGAUGGGGGUCCGAGGACCCGUAGCCCGGCCGGUCGACGGUGACGAGCAAGACGCCCUUCUGCUCGAGGAGGUCCGGAAACGGCGUGGGGACGUAGCUCCUGCCAAAGCCGGCCCCGGAAAAGAAGACCACGGGCACCCCGUCGGCUUUGCCGUGCUCGCUGUAGGCGAGCCUGCGGCCGGACUCCAGGGCGACCACCCCGCUGGCAAAAGGCUCCCUUCGGGUCGUUGUCGGCGGCAUCCCGGGCGUUGUUUGGUUUGGCGAGCAGCUAACAAGUAGUACGGUAGAGUACAAUAGAGUAGGAAGUAGAAGUGGAGUAUGGGUUUUUGCUUUGUCUUUGUCUUUGGCUUUGGCUUUGUCUUUGKCUUUGKCUUUGGGACAAAUGCUUCCAGUUUUGUGAUCUGAAAUGAAGGCCGGCCCGCAAU